AACCGAUAAACAUCGAAUCGAUUUUUACUUAAAUUUUUUUUUGUUAUUCUUCAGCAGCUGUUCGUGUGCAGUAAAACAAAAUUCUGAUUGAUUUUUAUAAACUGCAUAGAUUUGUAUUUUUCGACAAUGAGUGCAAAUGGAUAUGACGCUUAUAUGCCAACAGGUACUUUAUUUUUCCUAUCUUCAGAUUUUAUUUCGACAGCAUUAACAGCGGCGUUGGCCGUGUUGGUGUUACUCUAUUUUUUGAGGUUAAUUAAAUGCAAGGAGAUCAAUCGAAAUAAAAAUAGGACAAGUAGAACUGAAACCAACAGAGAAGAUACAUUUGCUAACAAAAUCGAAAUGAAUAAUAGAAAUGGACAGAAUAUUGACGAUGAUGAUGUACCAAUGGAUGGGCUGGUUGGCAAAUUAAAAACAGCACGUUUAAAAAAGGAAUUGGCUGCUCAACUUACAGAAGACCAAUUAGCAGAAGAGCGAAGAAUCGAACGUGAACAAUUGGCAGCUAUAUAUGAAUUACUUAAGAAACAGGAAUCUGAGCUCAAUACAAAGGAAAUUAACGAAACUGAGUUAUCGGCACAAAUGAAUCUCUACCGAUAAACAUUUUUAUCUGCGUGUUGGCGAGCUUUGAGCGGACAGUGUUCACUGAUGGAUCUUUUCAAAAGCGUAUGGGUUAUAAUAUCCCCUAACCUAAUCACAGAACUUAAGAGUUGGUUAAGAAGAGAAUAACGUCAAUAUAUUUAAAAAAUAAACAAGUAGCAAUUUUGAAAGCAAAUAAAGAAUUUUUAAUGCU